AUGAAUCAACUACCAGAUCAAAACAACACAGAAAACUCCAAUGACAACACUACCAAUACUACCACACAAGAUGCAACUGAUAACUCAACCAACAACCAAAGAAAUAUCACUGAAGUUACCAUGGAAGAAGUUGCAAAUCAUGUGAGAAACCCCCAACGAAUAAAAUUGUCCAAUGACGAUAUAAAAUUGGUUUUAUUCUUAAUUGUUAGAGUAAAACCAUUCAAAUAUAUUGGGUAUCGGAAGGCAACUCAAAGUCAAAGGUGGACACGUAUUCAACGAGAGUUUUAUGUUCUUAAAAGUAAAGCAGUAAAAAACAAGAAUUUUGUUGUUCCAACAGUUCGAACUUUACAACGACAAUUAGAUACUGCAAAUAAAAAAACCGCAUUUAAAUUAAGAACUCUCACAAAAAAUGGUGUUACAACAAGAAAACAUCAUGAAAUUCCUAAUACACUUGAAGAAAUUAAUCAAGAUGAACAUUAUCAAUAUAAGCAUAUUAAUCUGAACAGUACAAUUGAAGAAUUAGAAACUGCUGUUUUUGAAUUACAAGAAUUAAGUGAUAGAAUUAGACAUUUAAUUAUUCAAACUAAUAAUGUAAUUCUUCCAGAUCAACAACCUGAAGAAUCACUAGUAGAACCAUCAGUAGAACAAGAUCAAACAGUUCAAUCAUUACCACAAGAAAUUUCAAAUACUACUACAUCUACAUCUACAUCUACAUUUUAUCCAACCAUCCAAAAUAUGAUUCAUAUGAAUAAUGAUGAAGAGCCAAAUUCUACUCCUACUCCUGCUACUACUAAUACUACUACUACUACUCCUGCUACUAAUACUACUUCUAAUACUUCUUCUUCUUCUACUACUACUACUGCCAGUGCUACUGCUUCUACUACUACUACUACUUCUGAAUCAGCAAUUACCAACAACCAUAUUUCACAUAUGACCAGUCCAAUUCCUAGUUCUUCAUCAAUGAUAGUUACAAAUACUAAUACUAAUGAUAAUCAAGCCCAUGGUAACACUAGUACCAGUACUAGUACCAGUACUAGUACUACUACUACUUCCAUAAAUCAAAUUUAUGAAACUAUUACUAAUCAAUUAACCAAUCUUAAAGAAGAAUUAACUAUGAAUAUUAAUAAUGAACCAUUGACACAACAAACUAAUCAAGUUAUUACAUUAAAAAAAUCAUUAGAUCAAAGAAUUAAAAAAUUUGAAACAACUGUAACUAAAAUUAAUAAUCAAUUUAGAAAAAAAUUUGAAAAAUUAAUUACUGAUCAUUUCAAUAAGAUUACUAAUAUUAAUAAUGAUUUUAUAAAAGAACAAAAAGAUUUAAUAAAAGAACAAAUUGAUUUAUUAAUUAAUAUUGAAAAUGAAAAAAAUGAAAAUGAAAAAAAUGAAAAUGAAAAAAAUAAUGAAAAUAUUCAAUCAAUUAUUAAUAAAUUUGAAGAAUUAAUUGAAGAAUUAUUAAAUCAAAGAAAUCAAAGAAAUCAAAAUCAAAAUUAA